AUGGCGGAGCCGGAGUUGUUACGCGUGGUGCCCAGCGACUUAUUCCCACUUGUGCUCGGUUUCCUGCGCGACAAUCAGUUUCCGGAGGCGGCUAGCAAGUUCGCUAAGGCUACGGGAACUGCCCAACAAGACCCCAAUGCCACUUCCCUUUUGGACAUCUAUAGUUUCUGGCUCAAGUCUUCCAAGUCUCAAAAGCGGAAGCUGCAGGCUAACGGACCAGUGGCAAAGAAGGCUAAGAAAACAGUUGCUUCUGGUGACAGCAGUCAUAAAGGAGAGGCCAAACAGCCUACAGCUAAGAAACUAGCCACCAAGUCACCUCAGCCUGGGAAGUCACCUAUUCCUGCCAAAGCAGCAGAGAGUAGUAGUAGCAGCAGUGAAGACUCCAGUGAGGAAGAAGACAAAGAAAGCCAGAAGAAGCCUGCCCAGAAGGGAGCCAAGCCCCCAGCCAAGGCAGCCAAGCCUUCCCCUAAGGCAGCCCAGCCCAAGAAAGCUGAAAGUUCCAGUUCUGACUCUGACUCUGACUCCGACUCAGACUCCGACUCCGACUCUGACUCUGACUCUGACUCCAGCUCAGAGGAUGAAGCUACCAAGAAACAGAAACCAAAGACCCCAGUUAAGACUCCAGUUAAGACCCCAGGCAAAGCCACAGCUAAGACUCCAGUUAAGACCCCAGCUAAGCCAGGCAAAGCUGCCCAAGUCACCUCCAAAUUAGCCAAUGGCAAAGCUGGUGAAAGCAGCAGCAGCAGCAGCAGCAGCAGCAGUAGCAGUAGUGAUUCAGAUGAGGCAGCAGUUCCAACCAAAAAGGCUGUACUGAAGAAACCAACUCCAUCCAAGACCCCUGUGAAACCUGCCCAGGAGAGUUCUAGCAGUGAAGAUUCCUCCAGUGAGGAAGAAGAGGAUCAGAAACAGAAGAAAAAAUCUGUCAGGGCCAAGCAGGGUCCAUAUAGCUCUGUCCCUCCACCCCCUUGCACCCAGCCAAAGAAGGUAGGAGGGGACCAGCCUCCUAAGAAGAAGGUGGGAGGGGACCAACCAUCCAAGAAGGUAACAGUCACUCAACCCCCCAAGAAGAAGUUAGCAAGUGACCAGCCCCCCAAGAAGAAAGAGGAAAGCAGUGACUCUUCUGAUAGUAGUGAGGACAGCAGUGAUGAGGAGGAGGCAGCCACUGCAGGACAGGCCAAAGUUGCUACACCUAAGGCCACACCAGCCAAGGCCACACCAGCCAAGACUACAACAAACAAGGCCACAGGAGAGGAAUCCAGUUCAGACAGUGACUCAGAUUCCAGCUCUGAGGAGGAAGAGAAGAAACCUUCCCAGAAGGCAACCCCCAAACCUGCCGUUGUUGUUAAGGUCACUCCCAAGCCGGCUGUGACUACAAAAGCUGCUGAGGAUUCUUCAGAUAGCUCAGACUCUGACAGCUCUGAGGAUGAGGCACCAGCCAAGCCAGCCCCUGGUAAUAAGCUAGCCCCUAGUCCAAAGGCUUUGCCCAGGAAAGCUGAUAGCAGCUCGAGUGAGGAGGACAGCAGUUCCAGUGAGGAAGAGAAGAAGCCAGUGACAAAGGCUGCAGCAGCUAUCCCCAAACCCAAGGUAGGGGUCAAGGGAAUUCCAUCUCCAGGGGCCAAAGCAGCUCCCCAGGACAGCAGUUCAGACUCAGAAAGCUCCAGCAGUGAAGAAGAUGAGCCAUCAAGCAAUGUGACUAAGUCCAAGGUGGAGACCACAGCUGUUCCUAAACCUUCCUUGGCAAAAAAAUCUAAGGCCAAGAGUAGUUCUUCUGAUAGCUCUAGCGAAGAGGAGGAACAACCAAAACUUAAAAAGAGCCCUAGCCUAGUGGCUAAUGGGUCCUGCCCUCCAACACCUCAGAAUGGGAAGACUGGCACACCUCAGGAUGAGAAGGAAGAGGAGACAGCAGCCAAGCCAGGCUCUGGAAAGAAGCGGAAAAAGGAUGCUGCCCCUGGCCAAGAGGCCACUCCCCCUAAGGUGAAGAAACAAAAGCCUCAGACCCCAAAUACGGUUCCCAAAACAAAGAAGGGAGAGAAAAGGGCAUCCUCACCUUUUCGGAGAGUCAAGUCAGAAGAAGUCGAAGUGGAUUCUCGGGUGGCUGACAAUUCCUUUGAUGCCAAGAGGGGUGCAGCUGGAGAUUGGGGAGAGAAAGCAAACGAGGUCCUGAAGUUCACCAAAGGCAAGUCUUUUCGACAUGAGAAGACUAAGAAGAAGAGGGGCAGCUACCGAGGUGGUGCCAUUUCCACCCAAGUCAACUCUGUUAAGUUUGAAAGUGACUGAAUGGAGAGACCUUGACUCUGGAGCCUAAGGCCCAGCACCCAGUUCUGUUUCUUGGAUUGGCUGGCUCGAGCUAGUGACUGCUCCCUCAGCCAUAGUCCAGACUUGGCCAUGGACAGGUUUUCAAUGAGGAUCCUUUGGGGAAUGGGUGGGUGGUGGGACAGGAAAGUAAGUUGAGGGAAGUGUUCUUCCAGAAGUGUGUUGCUUGGUUGUCCCCUCAAUCCUCUGAAAUCCAAAUACAGCUUGACCUCAUUUGAGAAGUCCCUGAAAGGUUGUAUGUGAAGCAAAAAUUUGUAAUUUUAUAUUGAAUCAUAUUUUCCUAUUGAUUAACAUAACUUGCCAGAGAAGCACUCCCACAGGCAACAUUUUGACCCAAUAGACUUUGGUUAAAAGACACAUGGUUAAAAGACACAAUUGAGCACCCGUAAUAUUUUGGAUGGUUUCAGUUUGAGGGUAGGGUAAAUUAGGUAAGACAACCUAUCUUAGAAGAAGCUUUUCUCCAAAAAACUAUUGUGAAACUGUCAACAUAGUCCUGAAGAGGGACCUGCAUCUGCACCAUCCAAAUCACCUUUGGAGUUUUGAAAUACUAUACAUCUCAAGAGGCUGCUUCUCAGUUCACUCAUUCUGGGUGUUCAUCAUCCCCUACAAACUUCACAGAGAGCCAGCUGAGCAACUGACAAUAAAUAACACUCCCAGAUUCAUUUA